AUGUAUUCCGUUACCUAUUGGAUUCGUCUUUGGAAUGAUCUUUUUGAAGAAGUUAAUAAGUUUCAUUUUGACAAUGAACCGAAAUUUGAAAGGUCACAAUUUAGCAACUUCUCGUCUUGUAUUAAUGAAGAGGAUAUUCGCAAUGCUUUUUAUAGCAAUAUUUGUCAAGUUUUAAACGUUCUUUUGCCAGACUAUGAAUUUUCGAGACAACCAGUUCUUAUCGCUGGUAUACCGGACUUUUCUGCUAUAUUUGCUGCAUUUGAAUUUAUCGCACCAAUCGAGAUUAAGAGAGAGCACGUUUUACAAUUGUUACUAUUAGAUGGUGAACAAACAUUUCUGUAUUUUGAUAACAAAUGA